AGGAAAAAGAUAUGACGCAAAAUUGCGGGAAGAAAUCACAUUCACAACAUUAUCAUCUAGUAUUUACCCCAAUGAUGAUUGGAACCAUGGUUAUUACGGUUGAUUAACAUUCUCACAUAAUGGAAGACAUGGAGGAGAUGAAGAAGUUGAAAGUGUCACUUAAAAAGUGGGAGACCCAGUUUUACAAGGACAAUGGCAGGAAGCCCCAAAAGGAGGAGAUCAACAGAGCACCCAAAGAGAUACAGGAGGCCUACCAUCAGUAUAGUAAAAUGAAGAGGCACUUCAAUGAUUCUCAGAGUCCUGGCAUGUCAAAGGCAAGUGAAGAAAGUAAAGGAGCUGUUAGUGAAUCUCAUCAAAGUACACAAGGUGGAGUUUGGGGUACAGACUUUAAUAAAAGGAACCAACAGAUACUGGAAAACGACACACCGAAGAAAUCAUGUGAUGAAACAAAAACUGAUGCUUCAAAUAUGAUGCAUAAAUUAAGUUCCAAAUUGUUUGAAAUGGCAAAAAAGAAUAACAUUACCAAGAGAACUCUGCCAAAAUUCAAGUCAAGUGAAAGCAGAUCCAUUGAUGAUUCUACAAUGGAUUCAAUGAAGGUAAAUGGAAAGAUGUUCAGCAAUGUAAAAAUAAAGAACAAAGCUUGUAUGAGCAAAACAUCAUUGAAUGAUCAGGAUGUUGAUGUGACUGAGAAAUACGAUGUGAAAGCCAAACAGAAGUUCUCAAUUUCGUUCAGUGCAUCAGGAGGUAAUAAUGAAAGAUCGGAAAAAACAAGCAACCAUUGUGAGGAAGGUUUGGAUGAAGUAGAUGGACUCAGUUGUUCAGUGUUUGAUUCAGUGAAUAUGAAGGACUUGGUCAGAGAGAGUAAGGAGAAAGAAAAUCAGGCGAAAGAUACUGUUUAUCAAAGCCCAAGAGUUCCAGCAAUGGAAAAGGAUGAGGAACAUCCACAAAAUUUUUCCUUGGAUGAAAGCGGACUGUACAUAGAUGUAAGAUGGGACAAUGAAACGACGCAUGUUAUGAGUAGAAACUCAGACAGUGAUUCUAGCUACUCAAAGAAAAGAACUGUGAAAAGAAGUGGCAGCAAAGGAGAAAAUGUGGAAGAUGACCAUGAUCACAAGGCUGGACAAGAUGAACCUAAAGUGUUUGAUAUCAGUGAUAAUGAAGCUGUUUCUGUGAUUCCUAAACAUAGCAGAAAAAGGAGGAAAUCAGAUGCUAAUAAUCUGAAUACAAAUCUAAAGUCAAAAAGAAGGAAAGGUGGAGGUGGGGAGACUCCUCAUACAUCAGAUGGUGAAUGUGAUGGUGGUGACGCAGACACAAAACCAAAAGCAGUGGUGCCUAAACGUAAACCUCCUCCAUCAGUUGGAAAUUUUGUAAAGCUGAACAUGAAGGUAAAGACGUAUAAAAGGAAAGGCAAAGGAAUGACUGGACCUCAGUACAAGAGGUUCCAGUGGAAACAGAAGAUGAAGGCACGCAGUGAGAGCUACGGCAACAACUGCUUCAAGUGUGGCAAAUCUGGUCACUGGGCUAACAAGUGUCCAAGUGAGAAUAAAGAGAGUUAUGGUGGAGAAGCAGACAUACCCCCGGUUUCUGAGGAGGACUUUCCCAGUCUGAAGGAAGCUGCUAUGAUGGCACGGGGUGUCAAGCCGGAUAAAACCAAGAAAUACAAAGAAGAUUGUCAAACAAGAAAGUUGGGAGCAGGAGAGACUGCAGAACCUAAGUCCGAUCUGGAUGGCAUCAAUUGGAAUGAAGACAUGGAUCUAGAGAAUGAGAUGGAUGAAGACUUGGAGAUACAGUGCAGCAUUGUAAGAACAGCUAGAGAGGACACAGGGGUUCCACCUCCUCAUACUCCAGUACUUAGUGCUGAGGAAUAUAACUGUAGAGAUACGCCUGAUUUCAUGAUCAAAGGUUUGAAGAAGUUUGGUUUUGAGGCAUUCAGAUCAGGACAAAAACAUGCUGUGAAAAGAAUUCUGGCAGGACUUUCGACUCUCGUUGUGUUGUCCACAGGAGGUGGUAAAUCUCUGUGUUACCAGUUACCAGCAUACUUGUAUGCCCAAAAGUCAAAGUCAGUCGCCUUGGUGAUUUCACCCCUUGUCUCGCUUAUGGAAGAUCAGGUGACUGGUCUGCCCCCUGGAGUUAAGGGAGCUUGCCUUCAUACUAACAUGACCACUGCACAGAGAGAAAGUGUACUGCAGAAUGUCAAAGAUGGCAAAGUUCACUUCCUGUUGGUGUCCCCUGAGGCUGUAGCAGGAGGAGGGAUGACCCUGUUUAACAAUAGGUCUUCUCUUCCACCCAUAGCAUUUGUCUGUAUUGAUGAAGCCCAUUGUUUAUCGGAGUGGUCCCACAAUUUCAGACCUUCAUAUCUAAGACUCACCAAGGUGCUCAGGGAGAAAUUUGGAGUGCAGUGUUUCCUUGGACUGACAGCCACUGCUACGCAGUCUACUUCACAGGAUGUAGCAAAGCAUCUUGGGAUAUUAGACAUCGAUAAUGCCAUCAUUCGUGGGUCUCCAGUGCCUAACAAUCUGCUCCUAUCAGUAUCCAGAGAUGACAACAAAGAUGAUGCAUUGAUAGGCCUUCUACAGGGUGAGAGGUUUUCUUCCUGUGAGUCCAUCAUUGUGUACUGUACCAGACGACAGGAGACAGAUCGUUUAGCCACACUAAUCAGGACCUGUCUGAAAGAUUACAAGGCCGAAGACUGGGAUCAGAAACCCAGGAAGGGUAAAGGUAAAACUUAUGCUUUUUGGGACGCUGAAAAUUACCAUGCUGGGCUAACUCCUGCACAACGAAAGCGGGUUCAGAAUGCCUUCAUGUCAGGGAGACUGCGGGUUGUCGUGGCAACUGUUGCCUUUGGGAUGGGCUUGGAUAAGUCAGAUGUCCAUGGAAUCAUUCAUUACAACAUGCCAAAGAGUAUAGAGGGCUACGUACAGGAGAUUGGCCGGGCUGGAAGAGAUGGAAAAACAUCACAUUGUCAUCUCUUUUUGGAUUCUGAGGGUCAGGAUUUGGCAGAGUUAAAGAGACAUAUCUACGCCAAUACUGUAGACUACAGGACACUGAAAAAAUUUGUUCAGCAUGUGUUCACACCUUGCCAUUGCAAACAAGUUCAUCUGAUGCACGAGGAGAACACAAAGAAGAACCCUCCAGAGAUUGAAAAAAGACCAGACCAAGAUAGAAUCUGUCAUGGACAUGAGAGGGCAGUUAUCAUUGAUGCAUUGGUUAUGGAAAUGGAUGUUAAGGAAGAAGGUAUUCUUACUCUACUGUGUUACCUAGAGCUACAUCAUUUGAGAUGGAUACAGAAUUUGGUAAAUGUGUAUGCUACCUGCAAAGUCCAGUGUUACAGUGGACCAGCUCAACUCCAGGCUGUAUCCAAAAAGUGUCCCCCUGUAGCUGUUGCCAUAGCUAAAGCAAAAAAAGAUGGAAAAGCAUUUUCAUCAUCAAAUCAAAUCGAGUUUCCUGUGGUUGACAUUAGCGAUUGCAUGGGUUGGGACUCUGGCCUUGUAAAGAGAGAACUGAAGGCCCUCUCCUGGAGCAUAACAAGCCAAGGUCCCCGAAGAACAGGUGUCAUGGUGGAGUUUUCAAACCUAGCCUUUCAUUUCACUGCCCCUGGUGAUCUGUCAGAUGAGGAGUUUGAUGAUGUAUUACAGUUCCUUCAUGGACAAGUUCAGAAACAUGAGAAGUCAGAAAUUCACCAACUUAAGUAUCUCAGUGACAGCUUGAAGAGUGUGUCUCAUAAAAACUUUUGGAUGGCAGCAGACACCUUAGACAAAGAAAAGAACAGAAAACUGAAGGAAAUUAUCAAUGACUACUUUGAAAGCCAGAAGAUUCUAAAUGAGUACAACCAGAGAGAAGAAGAUGAGAGUGAAAAGCAGCCUUCACCACAAGAGAUCUCGCAGGCCAUUGCAGAUAUUAGACAGCUUAUCAGUAUCCAUGGUCAUGAGCACAGAUUCAGUGGAAGAGCCAUAGCACGCAUUUUCCACGGUAUCAGCAGUCCCUGUUUCCCUGCUCAGACGUGGGGACGUGCUCGGCGAUUCUGGAGAAGUAACAUGAACCUGGACUUCAACUUUCUUGUAAAACUUGCUGUACAAGAAAUUAUCAGAUUUAAGUAGAGAUACAUGACUGAAGUUAUCUAUGUUUCAAAGACUGUUUCUAAUUAUUAUGAGGUAUUUAUAGAUUAAUUCUAUUGUUUCUGGUUUUUAAUCUAAUGUUUCUUACAAAUAAUUGUUAAGGUUUCCAACAAAAGACCUUGUUAUUUUGUUUAAAUUUCUUCAUAAUUCCUGACCAUUUAAUUCAUCUUAUCUUGUUAUCCUACUUUGACAAUGUUUUGAGCAAUGAUGCAUCUCAUGAAUAUUUUUAGCUCACCUGAGCUGAAAGCUGGAGUGAGCUUCUCUGAUCACAUUUUUGGCCGAGUUGCACAAUGUGCAUCUGGCUUAUAGUAUGGUGAAUGGCAGGCAGGUUGGCGUCCCUAUAAUAGGGUACCUAUUUUGUGUAAUCAACUCCUCUCACACCUCUAACUUGACAUUCCUCAAACUUUUUACAGUUGUUAUGGAUACAUUGAAGAUGAGCAUGUGUCUUUUUUAAAGUAUAAUCAGACUUUUUUUUGAAAAAUUUAUGUGUAGUUGAACUGUCAUUUUUUAAGCAUGUCUUGAAUAGACGGUACCUAUUUUUGUAAUCAACUCCUCUUACAGCAUUUAUUUGACAUCCUUCAGACCUUGUACAGCUGUUAUGGAAGCAGUGAAGAUGUGCAUGUGUCUUUUUGGAAGUGAUUGGACAUAUUCUUCAAAACAUUUACAUGUAGUUGAACUUCGUUUUUUAAGCAUGGUACCUACUUUGUGUAACCAGCUCCUCUACAACAUAUCUUAAAGCAAACCCAGCCAUUUCUGUUCUUGAAUUGAUUUUUCCCCCUCAAAACCCAGCAUGGACACCAUGUACUUAAUUAAGAUUGGUUAUAUCAAUUUAUUAUCACUUGAGUGACACAUCGGGUACAAAGUUAUCACCCCCAUGCCCCAAAA